GAAAGGAGUUCUGAAGAUGUACUACUGAAUUCUUAUGUAAUCUCAUUUUUUUUGUCCUCUUUCCUUUCAGUUUCUUGACAGGGGUCUGCCAGGUUCCCGUGAAAAGCGGCACUGAGAGGAGAAGAGUUGUGAAGAUGUACUACUGAAUUCUUUGUGGUUUUCAUUUUUUCGGCCGCUUUUCCACCAGUUUCUCAGUGAAGAUAUGCCGGAUUUCUGUAAAAAGAGACAUUUUCCGAGAUUCUAGUUUGAAGAACGAAAGAAAAGACAAAAUGAAUUCACCUCAGGGAGGAAGAGCACCUUCACCGAGACCCUCACUGCUCUGUGUUCCUCUACCCACCUAAAGGGGCACCAGAAAAGAAAAGACCAUGAAAGGAAACAUCAAAUUUGAAACACUGCGACCAAACCAAUUCGAUUUUUCAGGCUCUCUUGGUCUCAUUUUUCGAACUUCUUUAAGCAGUCGGUUGCCCGUUCCCUCAUUCUGCUUUCAUGGGAUGUGACUUCGAUAGUGAUUUGGCAGCGAGUCAGAGUUAACAGCCAAUCAGAGAGAUCGUAAGAGCCUCUAAACGGACUGUUUUGCUGUGUUGCACUGGCUUGGCAUAAUGAUCAUUAGCGACUGCGUCUGUUAUAAUUUCCCAUGUCGCUGAAAAAAUGGCGGGAAAUCAUUCAACCUGUGACGUUGAAAGCAAUCGUCAGAGGACCUGGCGUGAGCGCGCGCAGUGAAAUACCGUCCAGGUAAAGCGGCCUCGUUAAGGCUCGUUUGAAGCACUAUUUUGCACUUACUUCACAUGUCGCACAACAGCUUCCAAUAAGCUUUGCCCGUCUGACAUGCCGGUGUUUGCGGAAGACCCCGCUCUCUUCUCCAAAGAGAGGCUGAAGUCGGAGCUCAUAGCGAACAAUGUGGAUCUACCCCCGCCGGAGAGCAAGAAACACGCUUACGUGCAGCUUUAUCUCAAACAUGUGAGGACAAACGGCACAGAUUUCUCUAGCGAUGAAGAGGAGGAUCGUCUCGAUGGCAGCGCCGAGAAGGAAGAGGCAGCAGAAAUGGUAGACCUGGGCUUACUGACUGAUGAUCAGCUAAAAGCCAAACUGCUCCAGUAUGGUGUCAAAGCUGGACCCAUUGUAGCUUCCACUAGAGCUUUAUAUGAAAAGAAGCUGAAAAGGCUGCUGGAUUCUUCAGCACAGGCAUCGCAACACCGGGUCAAUGGCACAAGGGAUGCAGGCCUCUACUCGGACAGCGAGGAAGAGGAUGGGAGGGAGGAAGACGAGGACAAGGACUCAGAGUCGGAGCAGCUUCAAACGGUGGCCCAGACGGAGACCGGCAAAACAGCAAGCAGAAUGGGGACAUUCAGUCUGAGCAGACAUUUUUACCCACGCUGCUUUGUGCCCUCAGCCGGAUUCAUAAAUGGAAUUCAGCACAAGUCUUCAGACGCCACCCAGAAUGGGUCUUUGAGUCAAAGCGGGUCCCCAUGCAGAUCCUUCAGUAUCACUCAGAUGGUGGAAGAGAUUGAGAACAGAUUUAGUCCUCAGUCAAAACAAACUGAGAUUGAGAGGCGAUCUGGUCAGAGAAGCGAGCAGACGGUGGACAGAAGGGCCCUGCAGGACUUCAUGAGGCUGAAUAAAGACACCAUGACUGGCAGAUCUCUUUGUUUAACAUCUCCAUCAUCCCAUCAGAAACAAACUGUCACAGAACCUGUGACGGAUGUUCUUUCAGAGAUGUUUCCUGACACUGCUAAAACCCCCACUGGAAUCUACGCUACAAAGAGACGGCCUAUAAAGGGAGCUGCGGGCCGCCCGGUGCAGUUUAAAUACCCUGAAAUGCCGCUACUGAGUCCCACUACACUGGAGAGGCAGGAGAUUCAGCAGCGUCUGGUGCCUCUGUGGGUUCAGGUGGUGGUCUUCCUCCUGGUGAUCUGCCUGCUGUACUUCAUCUACUCAUCCAUGGAGGAGCCGCUCUCCAAUCCCUUCACUGAUCUGCUUGAAGGUCUGCAUGAAGCUGCUCUCAUGUACACCUCAGAGAACUAAUCCACCACCGAUGCAGCAGCUUAGGUGUGCAACACGGAUGCCAAAGAAGGUUGAUUCCUAUUUACCUCAGGCUCUUGUCAGUCAAGUGUCCUUCAAACGAUUAUCUUUUUAAACUGAUGAGAGCUGCAUCAGAACACCUGCGUUUACCUGCUUUCAAAGACCCCAUAUAGGAUGCUAAAUUGAGAUUUGUAGUUGGCUAAAUCCUAUGCGUGGUGCGUUUUCUCUGAUUUGAUCUUUUACGAUAGAAGUGUAUUUUAUACGGUUUUUGAACUCGUACAGAAACGAUCACCUUCUUUGCUUACAGUCUUACACAGCUGAACUAACGAGUCGUAUAUCUUGUGGGUUUUUUUUAAUGUAUACCUUUCGUUGUUUUAUUUAAAAUAAAUACAUUUGUUUUGCUAA